AUGUCGCGCGAGACCGAGGAUUUUUUAAGUGUGCAGAGAGAGUUCGAUGGCCACCGCACUUGUCAAGAAGGGGAUGAAAAAGGAACUUUCUGGGGAGCAAUUGCGGAAGAUAUCGCUGCAGUUGAACCGCCGACUGGCUUUCAGGGGCUUAUCUCAUGGCUUUUCCUUCCAGUGGUCGCUGCAGGAAUGUACUUAGAUGUUCCGGUAGAGUACUUGUACAUUGGAGCAGCUCUCUUUACUGUUGUCUUUUGCAUCAUUGAGAUUGAUAAGCCUGACAAGCCCCACAACUUUGAGCCCCAUAUAUACACCAUGGAAAGAGGAGCCCGUGAUAAGUUAAUUGCCGACUACAAUACCAUGGACAUAUGGGAUUUCAAUGAGAAAUAUGGAGAUCUGUGGGACUUCACCGUUGUAAGAGAUGAUAUAACCAAAAGAUGACUGUUCCUAAAGUAAAGAUGGUAAUUGUUCUUUAACGAUCUCUGUAUAUGAGGAAAUUACAGGUUUAUGUCUUUCCUUUCUAGAUUGCCUGCUCUGUAUUUUCCAGUUUUGCCUUUCGCUCCCAUAAAGCUAAAGCGAGAUAUGAAGGAAGAGAAAGCUUGCAGAAGCAGCUGUUUAUAAGCCCUGUGAUGAUGAUGCAUGCCGGUGCAAAACUUGCACUGUUAGUUUCAUUACUUCAAUUUCACAUUAUUAUCCCGGACCAAAAGUAAACUUAACUGCAUUGCACGGUCGACUUUAGGUAAUGUCUUUCUGUUCGGCGGGAUAUACACACACUUGGAUAGUUUCCUUGUAGAAAAGUUCCGGUUCCUUUGACCAUUGGUGGAAUGGGCAAGUACGUUUGAUGCUAGGUGAAUACGCCUUAUUACAAGUCAUAGCAUGAAAAGACUGAGGCUAGUGAUUUCUGCUGAAGAGUGAAAUAACUAUCAAGGAUAUCCAGUUUCUUUUCCCUUUCUCUUUCUUUUUAGUUUACUGUGGUCUUGGAAAAAUGGAUAAGCAGCGGCAUAUAUGUCUUUGACCUCCAGCAGUGUAGCGUGCAAAGCUUCUUUGGAAGGCCUAAGUGCUUCAUUUGAGCUGCUUUUCAGGUGCCCCAAGAUUAAGACUUUUAGUAGCCCGCUUCUUGUUAUGCCUCUAUCGCUCUGUCCAUGCUCGAUGAGGACUCUUGCUCACAGUGCAGUCCAAGUGAUAUGGUGAAUUGACGUGCUAAAGAUUACUCCACCGAGUUAUUCUCAUGGUACUAUAGAUAUGUACAUAGUUGCAGCUUGUCCAAAAAGAGGCCAUGUUCUGGUUAUGAAUUUCGUUGACCCCAAACUCAUAAUUGCUUGCUUAUCCCCUCCCUAGCAUUGAUCUUUGUUCGUUAAAUUUUGUGCUUAUUCUCGGACAUUCAUGUUUUCGAUAUGCUUGCUCUGAAAAUGUACUAUCAGUCAUCUGCAUCUGAUGCAUGUAGUGCUUUCAAAUGUUGUUCCUUAAACGAUGGUUAUUACCAUGUACCCUUUUUGGAAAACAUAUGGUAGUUGGAAAUUGCGGGUAUGCAGGUAGUUGCUUUCCAUUAUUAUCAUCAUCCGAGACCAUUUCAGCUUGCUCUUUUGAGGUGCUCAAGGACCAUUCAGAUUGAAAAAGAACAUGUUUCCAUGAGGGGCUAACAUUAUAUCCAUAAGUCCAGCAAAACCAUGGACUCAAAAGGAUAAAGUUUCUCUUUCCUAAGUGAACAAAUGGACAAGCAUGCUCGGCCAGAAACACCGUGGAAGAGAAACGCCCAGUCGCUGAUGGUGACCUCCCCAUCGAUCCCAAUGAACUUGGCCGCAUCUACAUCCAGCUGUUGUUGUCUAGUGAUAAUUUCUCAAAAACAGUUCAUAGAUUUGUCGAGGAUUGGCUGCAGAAGUCCAGGGAAUAGAGUUAAUGUUCAAAUUUCUUGGCGUGAUUUCAUCAUGACGUUUUCUGAAGAACGGGAACCAUUUCUAAGCUGGGUGAAUGUCAUUCAGACAGGAGGACAAUGCAUUCUACUUAUCAACUUAGCAUGGUGAUUUUGCUCCUCCUCCGCUCAUGGACAUAGGUCAAUGGACAAACGAUGCAAUUCA